AUGCCAGCUGCCCAAAAACAAAAAUCAGCAGUUGGCAAAAAAAAUUCGCAAACAUAUGCGGAUAAAGUCAGGGGAAGCAAUACAAGUCUCUCUGAAAUUGCCAUUGAGAGCUCCCAAGAAUUUUCCUCCAAACCAGAACCAAAACCUAAGUCCAACCUAACAGAAAGCCUCGGCAUCGGAGAUAGAACAGAAGCUCUGAUGGCCGAAAUCCAACAAAUUAGAAACGAAUACGAGGAUCAAAUCACCGCCGAACCGGAAAGGGCAACGUCUACUCCCGUCCCCGACAUCGAUGUUGAGCUCCCCUCAGGUUGGGACGAGCUCAACAUCGACGAUUACGAUAGAAGUAGAGAGGAGAUUGAUCUUAGAACAGCAGCAGAGAGUCUGCAAAGAUCUAUAAACCGGGCGUCAGAAACCCUCAGCCAAUCCACAGGCACUAAUACCACCUUUAAAACCCCGGCAAAAACCUCCACAAAACGACCUAUAACAAGCCCUUUUGAAGAUAACCUAGAGAAGAAAAACCGAAUAGAAGACCCUAGAAAGACUACCCAGAGAUCUAUCUCACGAGAUAGAACUGUGGGUAGUCAAGACUCUAGG